CGAAUUUAAUAUCACAUAACGUCAGAAAAACGUCCGCCAUUUCUAAGGGUACUUGUGAUGUAAAAUACAGCAGCAUAAUUUCGAGAAAAUGUUUACACCACAGGGAAAGAGACCUGCAGAUUUAGCAUCUGGAGGCUGGUCCAAUGGAUCUGGUAAUGGUGAAUCAGACAGGAAGAAGAAGAGGAAGAGUCGAUGGGCAACAGAUACAGACGUGGACAAGACAGUAAUUCCUGGCAUGCCAACAGUUAUUCCAACCGGCAUGAGUAACAUACAGGAAAAACAGUAUCUAUUGCACCUCCAAAUCGAAGAGAUUAGUCGCAGACUGCGGACAGGGGACCUGGGAAUUCCACCCAAUCCAGAAGACAGGUCUCCAUCACCUGAGCCAAUCUACAACAAUGAGGGAAAGAGGCUGAACACCCGUGAGUACAGAACCAGAAAAAAACUGGAAGAAGAGCGCCACAAACAUGUUCAGGAAGCCAUGGACCUCAACGAUGAGUACAAACCUCCUGCUGAUUACAAGCCACCAGUGAUACGAGUCAAUGACAAGGUCAUGAUACCCCAGGAAGAGAACCCAGAGAUCAACUUUGUUGGUCUUCUCAUUGGACCUCGAGGAAAUACACUCAAGAAUUUGGAAAAGGAGACGGGGGCCAAGAUUAUCAUCCGAGGGAAGGGAUCAGUGAAGGAGGGAAAGAUUGGACGUAAGGACGGACAACCCCUGCCAGGGGAGGAUGAACCCUUACAUGCUUACGUCACUGCCAACAACCCGGAAAACGUCAAAAAGGCUGUAGAAAAGAUAAAGGAGAUUAUAACUCAAGGUAUAGAAGUUCCAGAAGGACAGAACGAUCUUCGGCGCCAACAACUACGAGAAUUGGCUUUACUCAACGGAACUCUCAGGGAAAACGACGGCCUGGCGAAACUUAAACAGUUACAACAGGCCCAGACAAUUAUCACCAACACAAUAAUCUGUUCUGUGUGUGGUGGAACUGGCCACAUAGCCCAGGACUGUAAAGCUAAACGACCAGGUGACACGCUGAGAAUAACUUCACCUACCCCUGCAAUCAACCAGGUAGACAAGGCAAAGAUGGACAGUGAGUACAUGUCACUCAUGGCAGAGCUUGGAGAAGGACCGCCCCCCUCACAACAAAAGCCUAACCAUCCACAGCAACAACACUUCCGACCCCAUAUGAACCACCCUCCUCCCAACCCUAUGGGAGUGAAUCCUCCAUGGCAGCAGAACACAAUGCAGAGACCUGGUCCACCCCCAAUGAUGAGAAUGAACCACAACCAUGUGUCGCAGCAGAAUCAACCACCAGUUCAGCAGCAACAGCAGCAGUUUAUGCACAGACAGCCCCAUGGUGGAAUGGGUAUGCCCAUGGGAUCCAUGCCCCCCACACAGAUGCAGCCACCCCCAGGGCAGAUGUCAGGGCCAAUCUGUCCACCUCCACAGUCACAAUUCAACUCGUCUGCUGGGCCAGUACCACCUCCGUGGCAGCAGUCUGUUAACGCGGUGCCUACACAGAGCAGUUCCAACACCACUGCAGUCAUGGGAGUUCCACCUCCUUCACUGCUGACGGCCCCACCCCCUCCCCCACCAAGCAGUCAGCCCCCAAAUUCUAUGUCAUGGAUGCAGCCGCCACAAAAUACAGGAGUACCUCCUCCCCCGCCUGCAACGUCGGCAGGAACUUCAUCUCCGUGGGCUGUGACAGCACCUCCCCCACCCCCUUCACAGCUUGCACCUUGGCAGCAGCAGGGAGGCCAUGGACCCAACCCUGUGGCCCCACCUCCCCCACCUCCUAGUCAGCCUGGAGGCUACAACCCCAUACCACCCCCUCCCCCUCCAGGAGGAUUUGACAUGAACAAUAUGGGUGGGUUAAACCAAAUGCUGGUAUCGCCCCCGCCACCUCCACCCAACUGAUCAUACGUAGCAUGAUCUCUUGGGGGACAGGGGAGCAGCGAGUAUUCCAGGAUAUCAUCAACUUAGGAAAAUGUGUUUGUUUGAAAAAUGGUAGAGGUUUUCUUCGAAAUAGCAGAUUGUAUACCAAUUGUAUGUGCACAUUAGAUAAAGCUAGAAUAAAAUAUGAGCAGGAAAUCACAUUAUUUAUAUGGAAAAAAGGUCAAAUUAAUGUUUGCUAUACAUGAGUUGUAAAUUAACAGAAUCUACUGUAUUCAUGAUAAGCGGGUAAUACUAUUCUGUAUUCUUGAUGAAAAUACACCAUCAAUAAAAAUUUGAUAGAGAAUACUACAGGAUGUUAUAAUAUCAUAUUUAUUUGAAAAUCAUAACUGAUAUGCACGAAAAUUGGAUUCAAAAUUAUGUAACACUAAUAUUUUGAAACUUUAAGACGAUGAGAAAAAUAAUUGAUCAAAUGUAUGAAGGCAACAGCUAAUAAUACCUGAUAUUCAGUGGUGAAAUCUCUACUUGUUAUUGGCUACUGUGCAGUUUUAGUUAAGAAAAAUGCAGCACAAAAAUGUGAUGUAAUACAUGUAUUGGAGAAUUUUCAUACCACAUAUUACCUGAAAUUAGGAAUGAGCAAAAAUGUUCAAACUUCAAAAAAAUCAACCUGUACAUUAGCUGAAUUUCUAAACAUUUCAUUUUCUAUUUUGUUCUAGUAAAUCAUGGAAUUUGGCAGUGAAAUGUUAUAUUUCUGUGUGCAUUGCAGUAAUGCAAAAAAAAAGUAUUGCAAAUUUCAAACAUACAAGCACUAAAACGUCAGUAAACUGGAUGAAAACUAGUCUAAAUGGUUCACUAUAAGUUUUAAUAGGAGACUUACAAUUUAGCUUUAAGAAUAUAUUACACAAUGACAAAGUUAGUGCAGAGUAUAUUCUGUCUUGUACAUACAUUGAAAAAAGUGUUAGGUCUGAAGAGAAAUGAUUGCCAUUUUAUAUUUUUAAGUUAGCAUGUUGAUGAUUUGCUCAAUAAUUUGACAUUCUUUAAUCUUUUAAAGCUUCACCUACCUUUCAUUGUCCAUUAUUUCAGCAUAUUUAUACUGUAAAUUAAUUUUCAUUUCACAAUGCAUUUUUUAAGUUUUAAUUGUAGUAAUAUAAUUGGGAGUUGUCAAGAAAAAAUCUUGAGACUUUCAUAU